UGACCAUUUCGAAAUUGACAAAAGUUCUCAACACUUUUUGUGGGGUUGUUCAUUCAUUUCAAUUUCUUUUCUCUCUCUCAAAUCGAAGCAUGGAAUUCGGGAUCCGUCUUCGUUCAGUCUUCUCCGUGGUCGUGUUCCUGUUGUACAUAGAAUCCUCGGCUUAUGGUCGGGUUCUGAGUAACUCCAAACCGGACAGAAAGAACGUCGUCGCAAGUGCCCGGUGGUUGGUCGCUGAGAACACCUGGGGCGUUCUCAGCACUGUCUCUGGCGAUCUCAGAGGAGCUCCAUGGGGGAACGUCGUUUCAUUCAGUGACGGGAUUCCGGGCAAAGGCACCGGUAUACCCUACUUCUACUUGACAACUCUCGAUGUAACGGCAAGAAACGCCCUAAAAGAUCCGAGGGCCUCGCUCGCAAUUAGUGAGAAACCCAUCGGGACGUGCACGAAGGAUCCCAUGGACCCGACUUGCGCGAAACUGACCCUCACCGGAAAGUUGCUGCCACUGAAACAAGGGUCGGAGGAAGCAAAAGUUGCAGAGAAGGCACUAUUCGCAAAGCAUCCGGAGAUGAUCGGUUGGCCCAAGAGUCACGAUUUCCAGUUCUUCAAGCUCGAGAUCUGCCACAUAUUUCUGCUCAACUGGUACGGCGGACCUAAACUCAUCACCGUGCAAGAAUACCUCAACGCAAAGCCAAUCAAACCCGUCUCGUCUCUGUGAAAACUCGACGAAGAAGAUUCAGAAUCUUAGGCAGUGUGAUGAAGCAUGUAAGAAGCCAUGCAUGUAUACAGUGCAAGUGUAUAUCGGUGUAUACUGAUUGUAUGUUCACUUUGGUCGGUGUGUUGUUCUGUAAAUGACUGUUCUUUGGUGGAUUAUACUGUUCGAGAAAUGAAAUGAACAGAUUCGUUACGAUA